UCUCCGCCUUCCAUCUCCAACAGAAUUUGUUUGUCAUCCAACAAGAGUUUUUGUAAAUCACUAGAUUCUCUUUGAAAAAUCGAAAAUAAAAAUAAAAGAAGAGACAAGAUGUAUCAGCCAUCACUAAAAGUGCAGCCCGCAGAGGUGUCCGUACUGAAUGCCACCGGCCGUGUGGGAAUGCCCACGGAGGCCAAUUGCCUGAACCAACUGGCCCAUGUCCACCGGCUGCGCGAUUCGGAGCUAAACUACAAUGAGCACCAGUACAACCUCAACAUGCAGAUGCUGCGCAACCGCGAGGGACUCGGCGUGCCCCUCAAAAUGGGAAUGGAGCGAUUCGCAGCCCGCCAGGUGGGCCGUCUGCCCUUCCUUCCGUCCAGUAACUUCAUGGAUGAUGUUUUGACUGGCCGCUGUGACUCCAUUGGUUUCGAGGACUUUAUGAAUCUACCCGAGUAUAGCGAGCAAAUGCGUCAGCCCCACGCUGUGGUGGAGAAAUCACUUGGCAUUCACCAGUAAAUCCUCAUAAAUAUAGUUGCUUAAAUGCUUGGCAUUCAACCCACACAUUCUAACAGUUAAUAUUCAGCUAAUAAAAUUUAUUUUGGUGCCCUGGCUAAAGGAUAACAAAA